UGGGCAAGGGAGGGAAGGAAGGGAGAGGGAGGGAGAAGGUGAUGGGGAGAGUGGAGAGAGCGAGAGUAACCACAGCAAGGGAAGCACCACCAUGGUCACCAGACGAGCAUCCUCUGCGGACGCGGCCCUUACAACCCAAACCUUCUCUCACCAUAAAGGAAAUACUAAUAAAAAAUAUACACAGACUGCUGACGCAAGUCAGCGGUUCGAGAGCCUCAAAAAGGUUGACAAAAUAAGCAGUAUACCUUCCACCAAAGAAAAAGGCAGAAGAGAAAAGGCAAAUAAGGUUAAGGAAAAGCCAAAAGAGAAGCCUCGAUCUAAUAGUCUACAAAAAGAGCACAAAGCACACGAGCACAAAAGCCAUAAUCCCUCCAACUCGCCCGUCCGAGGACCUUCAGAUAAAAGCCACACAGAAAACGACACGACGGAGCCAGAGACUCCGAGCAACGACGAUAAAGACAGCAGCACCACACCCCCACCAAUACGCCCACAACAUAAAAAACUAUCAAAAGACGGAGAAAAAGAUUCAAGUACUUCCUCAGCGCUUCCAGCCUCUUCCGAACCUUUAGCAUUAACGAGAAUAAGUAAUCUUAAGGAUAUUAAGCCUGCAAAGGAAACAGAGAAAGAUCAGAAGGAGCUUCCAGACGCAACUCAGUACCCUCGGGAUGCCAUUCUCUCCAGAUGGAUCGAGUGUCGUACUGGGAAACUCGGCAGUAAUUUACAGUCACCUUCCACAGGCCAGUCACGGCCACUCAUGACGCACAAGUUGAAGCCUUCGCCAUUCCAAAAUCUCAUGGCGGCACAACAGCUCCUCAAAAACCAGAAAGACUCGGAGCGAGCCGACAAAAUACAGACUGAAACUUCCAGCGACUCCAGUGAUUCCUCGGGUGCUGACCCAGCGGUCAACAAGAGCAAUAGUGAGAGCGAGAGUAGUCGCUUGGCCGCCGCCAACGGUGGUGACGACGGCCCACAAGACCUCUCGAAGCCUCGAAGCCGACCCAGCAGUCAGACAAGCGACGACGGCUCUGACAUUUCCGACGACGCCAACAAAACCGUUGGUUCUAAUGACUGUUUUGCAGACGACGACGAUGAUGAUGACGACACCAGUAACGAAAUGCGUAUUGUUGAGGAUGAAAGUGAAUUGCGUGAACUUGACCUAUCAAUACCUGGGAAACAUAAACCCGAGGCUGUCGAUAACGUAAGUGAACACAACCAGAAGAAUGAAAUUAAGAAUCUCGAUUUUUCUGUCUUUAAGUCGCAUAAGACUAAGGAUACCAAAAGUUCAAAAGCUUCAUCAAGUUUAGAUGACCAGAAUGCCGCUGCUUGUCUCCUCCAGCUCAAGUCUUCCUCUACUCCCCAGUCUCCAUAUGUUGUUAAAAUCCUCUCGCCCGAACCCGCCCACCAAUCCAGCUCCUCCUCGCUUCCCGGCCAGCCAAUAAGAGCGCCAUUCGCAACUAGAGCUCCACCCCUGGAGGCUGUUCAACCUAUCAUACCGUCGCUUGGCUUGGGUGAGAGUCGGUUGGUCACUUUUAGUCCAAGGGGCGUGGUCGAUGGGCGUGGUAUGAGGCCCGUAGUACCCCCGGGUCCCGAACAGGAGAGCAGCAAGUGCCCCACGCCGGGAUGUAACGGGUCGGGGCACGCCACCGGGCUCUACUCCCACCACCGCUCCCUCUCCGGCUGCCCCAGGAAGGACAAGGUCACCCCGGAGAUUCUCGCCGCCCACGAGACCAUCGUCAAGUGCCCGACGCCCGGCUGCUCGGGGCGAGGCCACGUCAACCAGUCGAGGCACUGCCACCGGUCCCUCUCCGGCUGCCCCGUCGCCGCCGCCUCCAAACAGGCCGCCAGACACGCCCGCCAACGCAUGGCCCUUCUGCAGCAGCCACACAUCCCACUACAGCAGACAGCCCCGACGUCAGACCGCCUGCUGAGACCCGUGUGCUUGGUGAAGCAGCUGGACUUCUCGCAGCCGUCGCUGCCUCUUCUCCCGGGUGCCGGCGCUCCUGCCACUUCCACAGCCUCAGCCACUAAUAUCUCUCCGGCCUUCCCAGGCACCUCAGCGGAUGAGCUAACUAACCAGCAUUUAAGUGCUGAACUUUCCCCCAAACCCCUGUCCCUUGUAGCCUCUACAUCUGCGUCCACCGCGUCCGACUCCGCGUCACCGCUUGUGCUAGCAAAGACAGAAACUUGCGUAACGUCUUCCACGUCAUCCAAACCAUCAACGACAAAUUUUUCCAGCGCGCCCUCCCCACAGGGGUUUGCCUCCCUGUGCUCCCCAGCACCAGACGAAGACGCAGGCUCUUCUGCUGCCUCGCCCCCUCCAUCAGCUGUAAGUCCCUCCUCCAUUCUUAAAACUGCCGGGAUUUGUUCGACCAGUUUCGCGGGAACUUCUUCCGCCACUUCGAGCACAAGUGUUGAGGCGCGGUCUUGUGAUCGCGACCCCUUGAUGGAGACGUCAACGGUGCCGCCCCCAGCAGCCCGCGACCCUCCCGGUCUCCGCCCCCAGGAUCCUCCCAAGACCUGUAUGGAGGAGGUGGCAGGGGGAGGCAGGCUUGCCCUCACCCCCACCAACAAUAACAACACCACCACGACCAAUAAUAACAAUAACAACAGUAACAGUAGCAACCAUAGUGGUAGCAUCACCACAACCACAACAAGCUCCAGUAACAGCAAUAGUAACAACAACAGCAGCAGAUCUCUCAGCCACAGCCCUCACAAAGGUCUCACGUCACUAGACUCGUCUGUCAAGGCAACAGAGAACACAGGGUUGGGCUGUUUCGGCUACAAAGGCGAAGACGAGGCGGGAUUAAUCCGGCCGGCAGCCAUCACGGAGGUACGGGCAAGUGAUGCGCGGUUUGACCUCCCACACUCCUACACCACGCUCGACCUAGACCGCCAGGCCACCAUCCCUGUGUCACAGCCACACAUGCCGCCCACGCCAACAACGUUCGACACAACCGUCGCUGGCGGUGGAUCCUUACAAGGGGGAUCCAUCACCCCAAUGACCCCGGCUCCGGGUUCCCUCGUGGGCGGUAAUGGUCCUCUUCUUCCACAUGGCCCUUUCGACGCCCUGAAGCCGCCCGUGUCCUCGGAGUAUCCCAUCACAACCACCCACAACAGUUUCUUCAUGAACAAGGCGUGUGGAGCAGAAGUAAAACUGAACGACACAACGCCCUGUUCGGUGGCCUGCAUGCCGCCAGUCCCACCCAACUCAAUGUACCAAAGCCCCGGAUAUCGCUACGACAGCUCGGCAAUUAAUCUGAGCGUCAAGACCUCGGCUCUCGGACCUAACCCCAUGUCCCCAGCCAAUGUUAUGGACCUUUCGGGUCCCAUGGGUACCGGAGGUCCCAUGGUAACGUCACCACACUACCCAGGGCCAGGCGUGUCCCCUUGUUACAGCGGACCCCAACUGGUGUCUCCCGGCAGCUCUCAUGACUCGCAACACACCAACCAGACCCUCGACCUCUCCCUCGCACGACCUCCGGGCUCGCUCAGGUCGUUCCUCCCCAGUGGGCCGACCAGCCCAGAAUACAGCCCUCCCUCGCGCCUCGGGUCAGGGUACCCAGGGGGCGGCGCGCCCUUCCAACAGCCACCAGGGAUAGAUGAGCAGACGGAGCCCGUGGACUUCUCCUCGCCUGCCGAACCUGUCAAUUUCAGCCUGGCGCGGCCCCUCGAGUACGGCGUCACCCCCGACUACUCCCGCGCCCCCACCGCCCCCGCCUGCCCGCCCCACGACAACUCCUACGCCACCACCCCCGACAGAACCCACGACUUUAGGAAUAUGAACGGCUACAACACCAUGACCACACGACCCUACGACGUGACUAGCGCCUACAACGCGGGCUACAUGGGCUACCAAGGCUACCAGGGCGGCUACAUGGGCGCCGGCAGCUACGGGGCUACGAUGGCCGGAGACUACAUGACCACCAGCGCCUGCACCACGCCCUACCAGCUCUCCCCCUCGCGGUCACAGCCCCCGCCCACGCCCAUGCCUGAUAGCGUGCGCCCCUACUCUAGGAGUGCUGGCAGCCGUCGGGACGGCAAGGAGCUCAUACAGUGUCCGACGCCAGGCUGCGACGGCAUGGGUCACGUCACCGGCAACUACGCCACCCACCGCAGUCUUGGUCAAAAAAAUCUUCACCUGGCCAAGUCUAUCCUCGCCCCACCAUCCAGCCUGUCCGGAUGUCCCCGCGCGGAUCGCUCGAGUAUCCAGCACCAGACCCAAGAGUUGAAGUGCCCCACGCCUGGGUGUGAUGGGUCGGGGCAUGUGACCGGCAACUACUCCUCCCACCGCUCACUCUCCGGCUGCCCCAGAGCCAACAAGCCCAAGCACAAACCCAAAGACACUCAAGACUCUGAGCCUCUCCGCUGUCCAGUCCCUGGAUGUGAUGGGUCGGGGCACUCCACGGGCAAGUUUCUCAGUCACAGGAGUGCCUCGGGCUGUCCCAUCGCCAACCGCAACAAGAUGCGCUCCCUCGAGGGGGGCGGGGGGGCAGGGCUGGGCAUGGGCAUGGGCGUCUCCACUGGGUUAGCUGCCAUGGGUGAACCGCGACCUCCACUCCUGGCGGCGUCUUACUCCACGGGCGGCCCCACAGGCCCUCCCGCGGCCGCCCACAGCCUCUUGGCCCGCCCACUCCUCCACCCACUGCAGCCCCCACCAGCCAAGAAGCUCAGGAUGGAUGACACGUCUAUGGUCUUCAAGACAGACGGCGAGGAACACACUGGCUUGGUAUCGGAGAUCUCGGAGUUGCAGAAAGAGAACGCUUCCAUGGAGGUCCACGUGACCAAAUUACGCCAUGACGUAUCCUCUAUGGAGGCUGUGCUCAAGGUCGAGCAGAAGGAGGCGGCUGGUGCUGGUGAGAGGGGGGCGCAGUUGACCGAGUACUACGAGUCGUUGCGGAACAAUGUUAUGUCGCUCCUGGAACACGUUAAGCUUCCCGGGGGCGGCCCCACUCCCACCAACGACCGAAUCGACAACUUCGACUCCUAUCUCUCCAAGAUUCACUCGCUCUGCACCGAUAACUACUGCGAGGACACCCGGCCACUCUACGACAGUGUGCGCUCAGCUCUCCAUGAUUUCACAGUGCCCCCGACGCCCAUCUGACAUGACUAGGGAUACGCCGGGGCGGGAACGGCGCCCUCUAUGGCCGCCGCUAGUGUCCCGCCCACCCAUUCCUAUUUCCCAACCUCCUUUACAACGCCCUUCUUCGGUGUGCCGCCAGUGAGCACGAGUGUGGCCAACAGUGCGGCCAUGGCUAACACCAUGAACAGCAACAUGAACAACAGCAACGUUGUAGCCUUCACCAGCCCGGGCAGCACCGGCCACAACACCAGCGGCGGACACAUGGGUGGCAGCAGGUGACUGGAGUAGUGAUCUUCCCCGCCCUCAUGGUGCUUCACUGCAACGUGGCGUCCUAUCACCCUCACACUGUUACCUGCAAUGCCAAAGACCAGUCCCCGCAUCCUGAACUCUCAUAUAAAGGUGUUGAAGGGCGUAUUUCCCACGUGAUGGUGUAUUAUGCUGGGCUGAGGCUAACAUGCCCUAGUGUUAGGGCGAGGGUGUGACCUUAAGCCCGGCCCUCGUGGUCCAACUUGCUGAUGGCGUGGGUUAUUGUGACACUUAGCCUUGCUUUCAUGGUCCCACCUUCUGAGGACCUGGGUGAGUGUGACCUCAACGAGUCCGGUCCACACCCUCUUGAGGGCCUGCAUGAGUGUGACCUCAGCAAGCCCGGCCCCAAAAGGUCCCACCCUCUGAGGGGCCUGGAUGAAUGUGACCUCAACAAGCCCGGCCCUCCCCAAGGUCCCACCCUCUGAGGGCCUGGAUGAAUGUGACCUCAACCAGCCCGGCCCCCCAAGGCCCACCCUCUGCUCACUCUGUGUUGACACUCCCACCACGAGCUUUAACGUCUGCGAUGUUAAUGUAAAUAAUCUAAGACUUUUCUGUAAAAAUCAUGUUUCCAAUAGGUCAAGUCGUUUGUUGGUGUAUUUGAAAAACUGUCUAGACAAUUAGCUUGCUUCACAUCGUCGAAAAUCUAGUAGUGUGUGUGUAUUCAGGAAGUCGACUUUCCAGCAAGCUACGUGUCUACCCGCGCCAAGCCAGUGUGAUGACGUAUAUCUUAGAAUAGGGAGCUUUGAUAAUGUUCCUUUGCAUAAACUUUUCAUUUUCUUCAAAAGCGUGAAAAGUGAAGUUUACCUAGGUUACCUUUGACGAACACUGCAAGCUAACCCAUGCUUUGCCUGUCCAGGGGUUGUGGGUUAACCUGGCACGCGGUCCGCCUGGCAUAUCUCCACGAUUGAAGGGUUCAAAGUGAUCGGCAUGUUUUAGUGUUGCUUUUUGCUUCACUAGUCAUAUGGAAAUAUUUUGGACGUAAAAAAAAUAGUUGUGUUACCGUUUUAUCUAUAUUUAAACUAUAACUACCUAGGUUUAUACAUUGCGUAUUAAGCGUUUACUCAGACUAACAAAAUCGUCUUCUUGUUGGUGUGUUGACUCAUAUUACUACUAAACAAUCACAGGUUUAUUUGCCAAUCACAGGUCUGUGUCGUCAUGCCUUAUGUGAAAUUCAGCAAAACAUUUAGAAACAUGAUCCUAAUAAUGUUCUUCAUCACUAAGCGAUCUGUAUGUUUUCUGAUAACACAAGCAUAGAUAAUUUGGCCUCCUUGUAUACAUACAUAUAUAAAUAUAUAUAUUCAUUGUUGUUGGACAAUCAAAAAUACCCCAACAGGUAUCCAGCCUCCUCGUGAAUCUUCUGUAAGUUUGGUUGUUGUGAUGAAGUGUCAAAUUAUCAGCUGCACAAAUCUUGACUUCCGAACUUUGUGAGUGUUUUACAGGAAGUGCAUCAGUCCCUUCACAGCAGCGUGUCUACCCCCCUUACUGCAGGUGAAACAAUGCAGUAUAACACUUGUGUUUCCACAUGCAGGAGUGUUACAUAUGAUCUUAUGCUCUCUAAUGUUACAUUUGUUUAUUGGUCAGAUUCAUUUUGGUUUAUGGUUCUACUCGAGUGCCCAUUACUCAGCAAUGAUUGUAGUCGGUUGUCGCUCUUAAUGAUAAGUAACAUUGUUCGUAACAACUUUGGCAGUGUAAAAGUCGAGUUUUCCUUUACUCCCACGUCACAACUACUGUGCUAUGUAUUUGUGGCCACACUCGUCUUGCUGGUCACUGGUCCUCCCGGUAUCAUUUGACAGCUGUAAUCCAAUAGAAAAUGUAUCCACCAGAAGCUGCAAUAUCUUUAGUUUCCUCCUUUGUUAGUACUUACAGUUUCUAAUACAUCUUAGAUUAUCUCAGUUUCAGGUUGUUUGCAACAACUGAAUCAUUUAUGUAAGCCAGUUACUUGAUAGUUUUUGAAAUUGUUUUAAAUUAAUAUUAUUUCACUCAUCAAGCUACCCCCAAAUUUAGCAGUAUUAUCUGCCGUUACAUCAGCCUCUGAUGGAUUCAAGGUAUUAAUUUAUUCAGGUGGUGAGAGCCAGUCGUGAUUUUAUAUCUGCUCCCCUUACACUUUUCUUAAUAAAAUGGUGUGUAAAACUCUGAACCUUAUUUUAAAGUUAAUGAAGGUAAUUGGGUGCCAUUACUGUUCAGUGAAGUUAUACAGCAUUUUGCCUAAUAAUGUUCAAAUCAAGCACAAGAUGUGAGGUACAUUUAUUAAAAUAGUUUGAAAAUGUUUAUCACCGCCAGUAUGCAUGAGGAACGAGUAGUAAUUCUAAACUUUCUUUUUAAUUCACAUGUGAUGUUACUUUGUUUUGGGAUGUAUAGUUGUAUGUGAGCGGUUGUUGAAUGCCUGCAUUGAAGCAACUGGAUUUAACUCCAUCGCUCCUUUUCAGCUUAAUAACUGCUGAAACGUAUGCACUUCAGCCAGCAGCCUACAUGAAACAGUUGAUAAGGGACAAUGGAGUUGCUUCCACAGAUGGUAAACUUAUAUCUGAGCCAACACAUACGUUACAGGGAACCUUUACCCUUCUGUUGGACAACUUGUUGGAUUGGUUUGCUGCAAUAAUAGAUGCCAGGUGGUGACAAGUAUGUUAUAGCACAUGCUCAUUAGUUUAUUCAAUCGAUUUAUAUGUAUCCAGUGUGUGAGAUUGUAAGAUGUAACACGGUAGAAGAGAUGAAAAAAUCUUCUUGGACAGUGUGUGUGUAAUCUUAAUAUGAAAAAAAAAGAUGUACCAGUUAUGUAGGGACAAUAAUUGUAAAGCAGGAGAGUUCUCCUUGUCCCGUGUGAUAGAGAAUUAGUAGGACCCCGGUGUUGUACAUAUGACCUACCUCCCUCCCUACAGCAACUCUUCCUUGCUAUGCCUCCUGAUCUUUCACUCCCCUAGUCCCUCCAUUUACCUUCUAUUUACAGUGAGUGAGGGUGUAAAAUUAUCCCUAUAGAUAGAUUUUAUCCAUUGGAUAUAAUAAACCAUCAGAUGGCAUUAGUGUGGUAUUGUUUAACAGAGCAGUGUAGAAACUAUGGCUUCAGUGUGGAACUACACGAGAUUCAAAUAAUUUAUUAUAAUGAGGGACCAUGAACAAAGGUCUUAGAUGAUGAAUAACUAUUCUAUGAGUAACAAUUCACUAGAUACCUGCAUCUUGAAUGGCAGUCAUGCAGCUCAACAUGGAAAUGUUCCAGUGUGCAGACGGCCUGAGUACAGUGUGGGCAGCACAUGCCAACAACAGCGGCUGAAUCUACAGAAUGACUGUGUCGAGUUGUGUAUUUUUGUAGGUGGCCAUGGAAUGACCAGAUUUUAUAAUAAGUGUUGUGUCAAUCCAUAUUGCUGUGGUUGGACACUGUACGGUCAAGCUUUCUAUCGGUGAAUAUUCUGGUUUUCACUUACUAGAUGUGAUAUACACUUGGAGAUUUCUAGAAGUCUAAAAAUACUCACGCUGCACAAAAAGUACCAAUUUCAUUUUGAAGGGUCAAUAUGUGAUAUACAAGAAUUCUUGUUGGUGUAUUAUAAACUGUUAUCAAACAUUUAUCCAGUGUUAAAGUAUGAGAAAUCUUCAAGGAUUCACAGAAGUUUUGCAUGGCAAUGGCUUUAUAUAAAUCCCUAUAGUUCUGAAAGUAGUGUCCGACAGACUGUUUUUACAACUAAUGUAUAAAUUAUGUCCCCCUGUGUUUUAGAGGAUAUCAAACACUUGUGUUCAUUGUUUGUGUUUAACUCUUCUCACCAUUGCCAGCAGUCGACACUCAGUCGGUGGACAGAGCCGAGUUCUCUUGCGGCUCCUGUUUUGACUCGGGGCCCACACAGUCAGCUCUGCACCCUUGGGCCAUAUUUUUUGUAUAAAUGUACCUUAUCACUGAAUGUAUUAAACUGUCAUUUUGAAA